GGUACUUGGACGCUCACGACCACAGAGGAGACUUAUAGUUCUGGAUUGACCUCAGAGGCACUUUGAUGAGGGCUUCUGGUUAAGAGGGCAGUGCUAAUGUGUCUCAAGUCGGGACUCUAGCCUUGUCGGUGUCUUUAGUCGGGAAUCGAACCUUUUCCGUGUCUCCGCCCGGCCUCGAACCCUCCCCGCAAUGUUCUGGUUCCAGAGUGGGAUGGUGUUCCUUCCCGCCCUGCUGGUCAUCUGGUCUUCGAGCAACUUCAUCGUUUCAUACGUCGUCGCGAUUUACCGAAACGACGUGGACGUUGUGUUUCCUUACAUCAGUGAUACCGGCGCAGAGCCCCCAGAGAGCUGCAUCUUCGGCUUCAUGACUUCCGUCACCGCGUUCCUAGCCUCGGGGACCAUGUACGCCCGCUACAAGUUCGUCCAGCGGCUGGGCGAGGACGUGGGCAGCGUGCGAUCGCGGCUCAACCACGCGGCGCUGGGCCUGGGCCUGGUGUCCUGCCUGGGCAUGUGCAUUGUCGGGACCUUCCAGGAAACCAUGGUGACCUGGGUCCACGACACCGGCGCCCUGCUGUUCUUCGGGACAGGCGUGUUCUACGCCAUCCUCCAGGCGGCCAUCUCCUACCAGAUGCGGCCGUACGGGUCAUCGCUGUGCGUGUGUCACACGCGCACCGCCUUCGCCGUCAUCAGCCUGCUGGCCGUGCUGAUUGCGGUCAUCAGCGGAUGCUUGGUGAAAGGGACCAAGCUGCACAGAAAACCCAGCGACGAGGACUACACCGUCCACCUGCUCAGCGCGGUGUGUGAGUGGAUCGUUGCCUUCAGCUUCGUGUUGUUCUUCCUCACGUAUAUCCCGGACUUCAAGCUGUUCGCCCUGAAAGUGAAGGCAGAGUUGGAGCCGAACUCUUGACCAGACUGGACUGUGUUUUUUAGACCUUUUUUUAAACACUGUUGUCUAUUAUUUCUACCGUAUCCGACACAUUUCAAUAUUCUUGCAUAUCAAUAUUGUAAACCAUCUACAGUUACCUACUGAGAACAAAUGAAUCAGCCUCAAUCGUAAAUCAGUAUAUAAAGUUUCUUCUAACUUUAUUCAAAGUUAUUUCUUUUUUUUUAUCUACUUCUGCUAUUUCACUGAGAACCUGUGCCUGUGUCUUUGUCUGUGUGGGUGUUAAACCACAAAGGGGAGGGGCUGUAAAUGUUUACACUAAAGCUGGACUGAUCUUCUCUGUGCUGCGAUUAGCGACUGUGUGACAGCGCUGUGCGUCCGCUGCUCAUAAAUACGAGAAGUCAGUCACACUGAAGUCCCAUGAGAAACCACACGUGGGUGGUUUGAAUUCCCUGUAGUUGUGUAAUUAUGUUAUAUCCCUCUCCCCCCCCCCCCCCCUUGGGGGGGAGGGGGGGAGAGGGAUAUAACAUACAGUGUUUCCCCUAGAAUUUUUUUUAGGCCCGGUGGUAAGAGCUGAUAGUGUGAUUUGCUAUACAUUUUUCACGAGAUGCCAGAGUAUUUGUUGGUUAUUUCCAUAUAAAACACUUGCUUAGCCAUCACAAGUUGGUUAAGUUAUGGACAUAUAAAGAACGAGGCUAGUGUUUUGCGGGGGCGGUAAAAAUGUCCAUGGUAACGGCGGGCUGAACCAAUCAGACGUCGCAUUUACGCGAUGGUUCGUGGUAUAGUUCUUCUGCCGGAGAAUAAAUGUACUCUCGUUUGGCACCGUGUUUAGGAAGAACCUUGAAAUACCUUUUUGUCCUUCAUCCCUUUUAAGUUUUUUUGGUGGUGCCAUGCUAAUGAUGAUAUAACUUAAUGCUGCCGCAUGAUUAUUUUUUUUUUUUUUCAUUUUUUUUUUUUCUUCUCUUUUUCUUUUUUUUUUGGCCGGUUGUUGGCCUGGCGGGGGCGUUGUUGGCCUGGCGGCCCGCCAGGCCUGAACAAUGGUAGGGGAAACACUGACAUAAUUACACAACUACACAACUACUGCGGCCCCCAAACGGCCGCAGUCUGAUGUACUGUGAUGUUUAGAAACAUCAGUCUGUAUGUCUGGUCGUAGUAUUGUAUAUUAUGUAUACCAUGGAGAGAGAGAGAGGGAGAUUAUAUCGUAAAUGUCAGUUUCAUAUUGAUAAAGAUUUGAUUCUUUCAUAUUAUACCAGAUGAUGAAAUCAUGCUGUAUUCUUCUGUAUUGUUCGACGUGUAAAAUCUUUUUUAUAAAUGCUUGAGAAAUAAUAAAGGACUGUCCUAUGAAUUAUGCAAGAGUUUAUUACGCACAUUAUGAAUGUUAAUAUUUGUACACAUAAAUGGCUCCAGUUAUUUACACACACUGGAAAUGUUUCACAUUCAGCUGAGGAGGUCCUGUGUCCUCGGUCCAGACAGACCAACCCUCUGAAACCAUCUUCCCACGACAUGGAGGACGAUUUAUGAGAGCUGACAUGAAGGGACUCACUGAAGCAUCAGCGACUCCUGCUAUAAGCAAGUGGCUAGAGGACAGUUCAUUUUAAAAAGGCAUUGAUAUUAUAAAAUGACCACCAGUACAAAACAAACCGUGGUCAGACAUGUAUGCAGCAGCAGCGGCUCGGACUGGCUAAACGACCUGCAACAGACGCCGUCGCCGUUUGGUGUCCUCCAGCAGCUACUGUGCUUCCACGGCGAUCAGACCAGAGGCCAUCGCUGUCGGACCAUGUGCCUCGGGACUUCCUCUCAGGCGCUGAUGUCACUUCCUGUCCCGCUACGUGGUUUCUGCGGGGGUUCCCCACAGAGGAGCAGCGGGGGGAGUCAGUCGCUGAAGGAAGACUCGCUGCCGCCGCUGUCGUCGUCGUCCUCCUCGUCCCGGUCACCCCCCGGACCCCCGCUGGGGCCCCGCCCUGCGUCAGGCACUGGGGCGUCUGGCGUGCUGUA